CUCCUCAACAGCGCACACAGCAUUAAGAGCUCAUUGUCGUAGCAUCUCAUCGUCAGCAGCACCCGCACAGCCAUGCCAAAGGUCAUCAUCGCGCCGUCGGUGCUGGCGUCGGACCUGGGCAACCUCAACUAUGAGUGCAGGAGAAUGAUCGACGAUGGUGCUGAUUGGCUGCAUAUGGACAUUAUGGACGGCCACUUUGUCCCCAACAUCGUAAUGGGCGCCCCGAUCCUUCAAAGCGUCAAGAAGGCCGUACCGGACAUCUUCAUGGACUGUCACAUGAUGGUCACCGAGCCAGAGAGAUGGGUCAAGGAUAUCGCCGAGGCUGGUGGAGCAUCGUAUACCUUCCAUCUUGAGGCCACGGACGAUCCGCUGGACGUUGUGCGACUGAUCAAAGCGACAGGCAUGAAGGCGUCGGUAGCUAUCAAUCCUGGUACGCCGGCGAGCGAGAUCAGCGACGAGUUGGCAGAGGCGGUUGAUAUGAUCUUGGUCAUGACCGUCUGGCCCGGAGCGGGAGGGCAGUCAUUUAUGAAGGAGUUGAUGCCGAAGGUCGCUGAGCUGCGCGCCCGCUUCCCACACGUCAACAUCGAAGUAGACGGCGGUGUAGCCCCCAAGACCAUCAAAUACUGCGCGGACGCAGGCGCCAACGUCAUCGUAGCGGGUACUGCGGUCUUCCGAGCCGAGUCCCCUCGCGACGUCAUUGCCUACCUCCGUGCAGAAUGCACCGCAGCACAAGAGAGGAUCCUCCAAGAACGCCAGACGCUCAUCUACGAUCCUAAUGCGGAUGUGGUGGGCGACGAUGAGGAUCAGGAGGCAGAGGAGAGGAGGAAGGAGGCGAGCGCGGGGAGAAGGAGUGGGGCUACUACGCCUGUGGGGAGCACGCCGAGGAGCUAUUUGAGGCAUUUGGACAGGAGAAGGAGUAGUGCCGCGAGUGGGAAGAGUGGAAAGUUUGGGCAGCUCACCGAUUUGGGGAUGACGUUGAAGCUCGUCUAGUCGGGCACGCUCGAGGUGAAGGAGGAGGGUCGGGCAGCCACGACGCGACCCUGUCAAUGCUAGAUGUGAUCCCUUCAAUGGACGUUGAUUACAGCA